AUGGGUCUUGGUGGUACAAGUGGUGUUAAUCAAGCUACUCCAAGCAUCGACCAUUCAACAUAUAUCCCCCGGAAAAGCCCCAAAUGGACCACUGAGAAAAACUUGGUGCUACUGAGUGGGUGGAUCAAAUAUGGAACAGACAACAUUGUUGGCAGAAACCAAAAGAGCGAAUCAUUUUGGGGAAAAAUUGCUGAGUAUUGUAAUGAGUUUUGCUCAUUUGAUCCUCCACGUAGUGCAACUACAUGUAGAAAUCGCUACAACUACGUGAACACAAAACUGGGAAAAUGGAUUGGCGCUUACGAUAAUGUUAAGCGUAUGCAACAAAGAGGGCGGUCGGAGCAAGAUGUAGUGGCGAAAGCACAUGAAAUAUAUACAGAUGGUGGUAAUGGAGGAAAUACUGGCUCUGGAAGCAGUGGAUCUAAGAGAACUCACGACAGUGAUGCUAGUGACUCCAACUCUGUAGGAUCCAGUGCUCGUCCAAUGGGGAAGGAUGCAACUAAGAAAGCUAAAAAGAAAGGUAAGGGCGCAGUCUUGGAAGUGGUCAAUGAAGAGUUUAAUGUAUACAAAAAACUCAAGGAGCAAGAGUUGAAACGCUUGGACAAUAUAUCCAUGAUGCAAGAGGAGGCAAUUCAAAAGCAAGAGGAGUCAAACAUAGUGAUGAAAGAAAAGACUAGGGCUAUGAAUACUAAGAUGUGGAUGAAGUUAAGUGAAAAGAACUGUCUCAAUGACAAUGAGAGAAAGCUGAUGCAGAAGUUGAGCUACGAAUUAUUUGGAUAG